UGUUUCUGUUUCUACAGAGCGAGCGAAAGGAUUGUGUCAAGCCUGCCAGAGAGUUGUGGAUUGAUCGCCUCUUGGGAAAUGCACUUGCUUUAUACACAAAAGUGCUAAUUCUGUUUCUCCACAGCAAGCUUUUGUGGUGUCCCUCUGAAAAGCACGGACUCCAGCUUCUUAACCGCUGCCUCGUUUGACGUAUGGUAGUGAUGAGUUGGUUUUUUUCUAUGCCUAUAAAACCUACGUAAAAGGUCAGAAGAAAACUGGCUGUCGAGACACUGUACUCGCUCACAAAGAAAGACUCGACUGAGAUCUUUCUCCGAGCCCAUUUCUCACACAAAGGCUGAAUGGGUGCAUAGUGGGGGUGAGUGAAAGACUGAGUGAGCAAGGCCCCCUGCACCUUUUCACUUCUUUUGGAUGAAACAAUAGUCUUUGUCCACAAUGUCCCUCCAUUCUUCUUGCUGGGUUGGGGGGAGUGUUUCUCUAUAGUAACAGUGACAAAACAAGGCAGGCCCAAAUGUGGUAGGAGACUCGAGAAGGACUUACACACUUGCCGCUCAUCAGUGACAGUUUCUCAGUGAUUUAGGGAGUAAUCCAGAAAGAGCACAGGGGACAAGAGGGGAAAAAAAAACAUUAAUGUAUGACACUGGAGUAAAGAUGUGUGUGUGUGAAAGUAGUCAGUCCCCUGAGGAAGGGCAUUAGUGGAACCAGGGCGUCGUCUCACACAAUUUCAUUCACUCCUCUGGACGCCACAAUGAACCCAGAGACUCAGUAUGAGGACUCGGUGUCUAUUAUGGUGCUGGAGAACAUUAAAAACAAACUCCGCCAUGCCUUCAGAACAACAACCGAGCCACGACUGUCCUUUGAAAAUGAUGAUGAUCUGAUGAGCACCGGCAGGAGUUUCCAGGCUAAUGAAGAGCUACGCAGAGCCAAGAUAGACGGAGCGAUUACCUGGUUACGCUCUGAAUUGCUGGAGAUGCGCUCACAGGAUCGGCAGCUGGCUCAGACUUUGCUCGGGCUUAACACUGAGAUCCAGAGACUGAGGAGAGAAAGUGGUUCUCUUUUAUUCGACUCCAGUCACACAGAGCAGCAAUGAGAUCAGCAUGACAAGUGGAUAAAGAUGUCUUCAUAUCUCUUUUACUUUUUAUAUCCGUAUACUUUUGAUUUUUUUUUAACAUGAGGCAAUGAGAGAUAUUAAUGCCAAAAAAAUGUGCAUUUAUGUUAAAUAAGACAUUUGCUUUGUAUGUUAUGUGAAGCUUAUGUGAUUUUUUUUUAAAGCUAUUGCCAACUUUUUAAGGUUUAAACGUUAGGAAUGGUGCAUUUAGUGUGUGGUGUUGAAACAUGACCACAAGUUAAACUCAUUAUUCAGAUAAGACAAAGUUGAUAUGAAUCAGUGAAUCAGCUGAAUCAGACUACAUGACUCCUUUGCACCCUAAAACUGCUCUUACAGCCCCAGAAUGCUGGACCUGAGGUAAUAUGUGUGUGUAUUACAUGUAAUACAUGUUAUUAAUUGUGGUGAAAGCAUGCAGGACAAUAAGUGUAAUGUUAUAAUCUAGAGAAUAUAUUAGGAUUUUUUUAUUGCUGAGUAAAACAAAUCGCAAGACCAAUGAAUAAAAGAGAUUUUAUCAUGGCGUCUGUUGCAUGACCUCAUCAAAAUAUAUAUUCACAACC